AUGCCGCCUGUUAAGGCAGGCACCAACCCGGGGUGCAUGGACCCUGGCGAGGAGUUGAGGGCAGACCAUGCCGUAUACCCUGAGUACCCUAGCCAGCAGGAACCAUGUCAAGAAGGGCAGCUUGCUCCGGACAAUUCUCCCGAAGAAGCCAUCGCUGAGCAGCUAUAUGUUAAAAAUGCCGAAGACCCCAUUCCAGCUGACCCACAGGAACUUCCUCUUCCGCCUCCAGAUAUCUGGGGCACUUGGGGGAGGGGCAAAGAUGAACCCUGUCAAGAGGCGCAAUUUACCCCAGGCAGUCCUCCUGAAGAUACUAUCGCUGAGCCGCUAGAAAAUGUCAAAGGGCCUCUUGAGGAGCCUACCGCGGAUGUUGUUGGAGGACCUGUUCUAGCUGAAUCAGAGGAAUCUCAUUUUCCACCUCAAGGUGCCUGGGAUCAGUAUUAA